GGAUUUAGGGGAGGAUGUGAUGUAAAUAUACGCGUUUCCGGUAGUGACGGCCUCUUUUCGUUCAGGCUAAGCUUACCGCCGGCUUGCAAAGAUGCAGAUCUUUGUGAAAACGUUAACAGGGAAGACCAUCACCCUUGAGGUGGAACCCAGCGAUACCAUCGAAAAUGUUAAGGCAAAAAUCCAGGACAAGGAGGGAAUUCCUCCUGACCAGCAGCGUCUGAUCUUCGCUGGCAAGCAGCUCGAGGAUGGGCGCACACUGUCCGAUUACAACAUCCAGAAAGAGUCUACCCUGCACCUUGUGCUUCGCCUGCGAGGAGGCAUCAUCGAGCCUUCUCUGAGGCAGCUGGCCCAGAAGUACAACUGUGACAAGAUGAUCUGCCGCAAGUGCUACGCCCGUCUUCACCCCCGUGCCGUCAACUGCCGCAAGAAGAAGUGUGGCCACACCAACAACCUGCGCCCCAAGAAGAAGCUGAAGUAGAGGCCCGGCCCAGCCCUGUCCCUUCGGCCCGAGAUCACACAUUUUACAUUUAUCAUUUAAAUAAAUGUUGAAAAGGAAA